UUCAGUUCAAAACGAAACACCAUUGCGGGUGGUGGACGCGUGUUGCUCCGUGUUAAUUCUUCUCUAAACUAAACUAAAUUUUUGCACAAGUUUGUGUUUUUUAAUUUUUUGUAUUCCAAACCAGAAACCUAUGUAUGAAAUAUAAAUAAAGAAAAUAAAAAUAAACAAAUACUUAUUCUGUGACCUAGAAUUGAGUACUAAAGGUGAAAGGUUUUUGUCGAUAUUUUUGCAAUUGUAAUGAAAUUGUUUUUAUCGGGUGCGGGUCGGUCGGAACCUUCGCGGAGUCACGAUCAGCUGUCAAAAUUGUCACAUAUCUGCUCUAGAAAUUUGUUGUUUUUUUAUUUCAAUUAACGGUUUGUUGUGAAUUGGCAAUUUUGUUUUAUUUGUUGUUUAAGUAAUUUUUUUAUUUCGUGGCUGGCUAAAGCAUCUCGCAAAGAAAAAAGAAAAUAUAGUGAAAGGAGCAUAAAAUCAUCGUCGUCCUCGAAGAGCUGUCACCUGCAGCAGCCGCGUCGGGUCGGUGAUGUAAGGGGUCAAACAGGGACUCUAAGUAGCCUUGUUUGUCUAAUGUCUGCUUCGUAUUUCUUGAAAUUAAAUUAAUUUCAUGAGUUUCUUUAUUUUCCCGUUCAAAGUGAAUUUUCCAAACAAAAUUAGAAGCAAAUUUGCAAAAUAAAUUAGUAAAGAAAAGAAGUGAAGGAAGCAAAUUAGUAAAAAAAAAUAAUAAAAAAGAGGAAAAUAAAAAUAUUUAAUAAGUCUUUUUGUAAUAAAGUUUCUCUUCGGUGGAUUUUCUAAUGGUGUAGGUGUUUUUCAUUUCGUUCCGGUCGCGUGUGCCGUGCCGUAUACCGUUCGUUCUAUCUCGCUUUUAUCUGCACAAGAUUUUGAAAUAUCCUCGAAUUUGUGCGUGUGUUGGUGUUUUAAUUAGAAGAAUAUAACUACAGUACAGCAAUAGAGUGUGGGAUGAUUGUGGAUUUUGUUUUUGGAUUACAUUUCUCUUUACUUCGGUGCGGUUGUACUUUGUUUGGGUACUCUUUUGGCGUGCAUUGACAUUUGUCAAGGUAAGGAUGUCACUUUUAUUAUUAUUCCGAAGAGUACUCUCUCAAACUAUUUUCAAGUUGACACAAUAAUAAUAACUUAAAGCCUACCAACGCAGGAAACUGAAUUUUUUAAAAUUUUAUUCAAUUGUGACAUAUUUUCAUGUAUAUAAAGUUAAAUGCAUCGUUCAACUAUUUUUGCUGUUGUGUAUUGAGCGGAUCGGUGUUGUUUCAACGGACAGACAAAAACUAAAAGGAUACAAAAUAAAUCUUCCAGACGAAGUUAUAAGCCAAAAUAACAAUACAAACAAAUCUGCUUCAAUAAACCAAAAAUUACUUUGGAGAAAAUCAAGAAAAAUAACUCUAAAUGAGGACGAAAAAGCAAAUAACCUCACGUGGUUAUCGUAAAACAAAUGAAAAAUUUAAAAACUCCCAAGGAGCUCGACUGAAACGCUCAUCAAUAACUAAAAGCUGAAAAAUCUUCCUUUAGCCCGUCACGUGCGUUAUCGUCGUUAUAUUGUCGUUUGUCUCUUUUUCGAUUAGAACUUAAGACAAAAAUUCAAAAAAUAAAAUACAAAUAAAACUACCAUACAGCACUUUUGAGAUAUUAUAAAUAAUUAUUUCAACUUGCAACAAAAUAAAUUACAACAGACUAAAACCUCAUAAUAAAAUAAUAAUUAUUAUAUAAACACAAAUUUGGAGGCUACACAGAAAACAAAUCUAACCAAAUUAUUUUGUAACUGUAUAAACUAUAACUAAAUAUAUAUAUUAAACACUCGUAUCUCUUAAGUGUACUUAAACUUUAAUAUUAUUGUUUGUUCAAAACCGCACAAGAAUUUCGAACUCCAAAAAAUAAAAAUCCUUCAAUAAUGUUCACCAGACGAAAUUGGUUACUGCGUUGCAGUAUCAUCAUUAAUGUAGCGGUAAUUCUGUACCUUGGGAGUCAUGUUAUGAUUGGUGGAGGAAGUAAUUUCUCGACGGGAUCAGCGUAUAUAAUCCAAGAUGAGGUGCCCAAAGCUCAACAUUUAGAAGGUGUACCGCCCUUUAAGGGUGAGCAAGCGAAUGUAAGAGAGCCGUUGUCACAACAGGAUCAAAGUCCUCAGUCAACUUCUGAGGAUAAACCGCAACAACUGCAGCAACAGCGCCAAAUACAACAACAACAGCAACAGCAAACCCAACCCCAACAGCCAGAAGAAGAUGAAGCUCCGGCGGCAGUGGGAAAUGAUGGUCCCACACCGGAGCAUCCUCUUGUUUUAGAAUUAAAAAUGAUCCCCGACAAGAAAAUCUCGGAAGCACCGACUGAUUCAACACUGGAUGCUGGAGGCAUCCAAGAGUCUAGUUCUUAUGUUAAUAAUUCAAGUCCCGAUGGCUAUAUGGUCACCGGUGACGAAAAAGACUUUGAUGAGAGACUGCGCUCACUGCUGAAGUGCCAUGAACGGGAUUAUAAGCCGGUGACUUUGCAACGAGGUGAUUUUUGGGUGCUACAGAAUUAUGUGCGGGCCGAUCAUGGUGAGCUUAAGUGCCAUGAAACUAUUACUUAUACCACGCACGCUGAUUACACAUUUUUGGAUAAUCUUAUUCCAUUGCUUGAGAGAUGGAAUGCACCAGUAAGCAUAGCCUUACAUGCGCCCGGCACUGACUUUGCGCCAACUGUAAAUUCAAUAAAAUACCUAAGAGACUGCCUGCCCGAUAGUAACCUCGUUCGACAAUUUGUCACAUUUCAUAUAUAUUUUAGUACGAAACAUAUCCCUAAGGCUGUGCCCAAAAGUGAUCAGGUACUAAGUUCAGCCUAUAAUUGUACCAUACCACCGCCAUUUUUUAAUUUAUCUGGCGGUCAUCUGUAUAAGACACAAAAAAAACUACUAUAUCCGGUAAAUGUUGGCCGAAAUAUUGCACGAGAUGCAGCAUUAACACAUUUUAUAUUGGCAAGUGAUAUUGAGCUAUACCCAAAUCCGGGUUUGGUGAAAAAGUUUUUAGAAAUGAUUGCAAGAAAUGAGGCGUAUUUACAUCGAAAGGCACCAAGAGUCUUUCCUCUAUCAAUAUUCGAAGUUGAAAGUUCGGCGGCUGUGCCAAGAGACAAAACCGAACUACAAGAACUCCUACGACUUGGCAAAGCCAUUCCAUUCCACAAACGGGUGUGUUCCAGCUGUCAUGGAGUGCCUAAAUCCAAAGAAUGGAUGGCUGCCAAUGAAACAGAAGAACUAGGCAUAUUCCAUAUUGGCAAAAGAGUUGGCUAUUUUGUUCAUUGGGAGCCAAUUUAUAUUGGAACAAAUGCUGAUCCUCAUUAUGAUGAGCGAUUAAGUUGGGAAGGCAAAAGUGAUAAAAUGACUCAGGGAUAUGCCCUGUGUGUCCUGGAUUAUGAAUUUCAUAUAUUGGACAAUGCAUUCCUAGUCCAUAAGCCGGGCAUAAAAGUUCUUAAAAAGGAUCCUCGGCGUGCCAUGUUAGCGGGAAAAACAAAUCAGCUAAUUAAAAAAAUCAUUUAUCCUGAAUUAAGAAUAAUGUAUGGCCAACGAAAAGGAUGCGCGGUAUAGUAAUUAUGAUAAAUAUCCUUUUUUCCUUCCUCUUCAAAGAAUGAUAAAGAAGAAAAGACUUAAAUUAGAUGCGAGUAGACAAAUUAGUAAAAAAGGAUAUUUAUCGGAGAUCAUUAAGAAUUUACUAAGUAAACUUAUCUGAUUUUUUUAUAAAUGUAAGUAAAUAUAUAUAACACACACAUCCAUAUGUAUGUUUAUAUAUAUAAGAAAAAAAAAUAAUGUAUACCAACCUAUACAACAACAAAAAACUGACUUGCACAUCACACAUGCAUGAAGUAUUUUUAUUGUUUUUUAUUUUUUAAAGUUUUUUUUUGUAUACAUACUUAUAUAUUUAUUUAAUGAGUGUUACAUAGAAAUUACUUAUGUAUAGUAAAAAUCGAUAAAAUUGUGUAUUACAAUGAUGGGAACCAACAAUUAUAUAACAAUAUGCGUGUGUGUUUGUGUAGUAAUCGUGAUCUGUUAUAAAAUAGCUCGUUUUCUGUUUUAUUUUAUGUUUUUAUUUUGUAUUUAUAAACUAAUUGUAAAUGUAUUCUUUGUACUUUAUGUGUAAAACGUCGAAAAGUUUUGUUUUAUAAGAUAUUAUCUAUACCUAUGUAUGUAUGUAGUUUGUUGAGAGCCAACAGACGUAUUUAGAACUUGUAUAGAUUAAGGAUAUGUUUUUUUUUUAAAUAAAGUUUGAUUAAGAAUUGUAUUAUAUUGUAAAGAUUUGAAAUAAGAAUGUAAUUUUAUAUUGAA